CUUGAGUUCACGACUAGGACCCUCCGCCAAGCCAUGGCUCGAUGGGUCAACCGAGCCAUUCAGCUUAGGUUCUGUCCAAUUCUUAAGACGGCUCAGCUUGAAAGCAAGCCGGUUGAUUUACAAGAUCUUUUACUUAGGCUUACUUUCGACAACAUUUGCGGCUUGGCUUUUGGCAAGGACCCGCAAACAUUGGCACCCGGCUUGCCGGAGAAUACCUUUUCUUCGGCUUUUGACCGAGCCACUGAGGCGUCGCUGCAGCGGUUCAUAUUACCUGAAGUUAUAUGGAAGCUGAAGAAAUGGCUUGGGCUAGGAAUGGAAGUCAGCUUGAACCGAAGCCUUGUACAGCUGGACAAAUACAUGUCUGACAUCAUCAAUACACGUAAGCUUGAGUUGAUGAGCCAGCAAAAAGAUGGAAACCCACAUGAUGACUUAUUAUCAAGGUUCAUGAAGAAGAAGGAAUCCUACACGGACAAGUUCUUGCAACACGUGGCACUCAACUUCAUCCUAGCUGGACGUGACACGUCAUCGGUCGCAUUGAGUUGGUUUUUCUGGUUGGUCAUACAAAAUCCAGUAGUUGAACAAAAGAUCUUACACGAAAUAUGCACGGUCUUGAUAGAGACACGUGGCAGUGACACAUCAUCAUGGCUCGAUGAGCCGUUAGCUUUCGAGGAAGUUGAUCGGCUAACCUACUUGAAAGCUGCAUUAUCUGAAACUCUCCGGCUUUAUCCGUCGGUGCCGGAGGACUCAAAGCACGUGGUGGUCGACGACUUGUUGCCGGACGGAACAUUUGUUCCGGCAGGUUCAUCAAUAACAUAUUCCAUAUAUUCAGCUGGAAGAAUGAAAACUACAUGGGGUGAGGAUUGCUUAGAGUUCAAGCCAGAGAGGUGGCUAACCCCAGAUGGUAAAAAGUUUGUAAUGCAUGAACAAUACAAGUUUGUGGCUUUUAAUGCUGGUCCAAGGAUAUGUCUAGGGAAAGACUUGGCAUACUUGCAAAUGAAGUCGGUGGCGGCAGCAGUGUUGCUCCGCCACCGGCUCAUGGUGGCUCCCGGCCAUAAGGUGGAGCAGAAAAUGUCAUUGACUUUGUUCAUGAAAGACGGCCUUAAAGUAAAUCUUCUUCCAAGAGACCUCACACUAUUAACGGAUAGUCUAAAGAAGGAAAAAGAGGUCCAAUUAGUCCAAAAAUUGCAUAGGGACAAAGAUGAAUGAUCAUAAUGGGGAGAGGGGUAGGAGGGUGGUUGAGGUGGUUUAAAGAAUGGUGUCGGCAAAUAUUGAUUGCAAAGGAGCUAGUUCAAUUGGAUUGGCUUAUGGUGGUUAAUUCUCACAUGAAUGCUCAAUUAUGGCAGCUUUUGUCAUAAAGGAGAAAUGACGGUAUUCAUGAUUUUAAGGUACAUCUCAUUCAUUGUGAGACAAACUUUUUUUUUCGGUGGUAGAUGAGCACAACUGGAAAUGAUUUUGAGGUUGAAGAGGAGGAAGAUUUCUCAAUAAUUUACUAGUAAUAAGUUGUACAAGUAUCUAGCUGCACUACUUUUCUUCUUUUAAUUAUUCUAUAGUAUCCUAAAGCUGACCCCUUUAUUUGUUCCUUUUACGUUGUUUGGUUAUUCUCCUUAGAAUUCUUUUGUAUUUUCUAGUUUUUUUUUUCAGUCUCACUUUGUUUGGUAUGUUAA